GUUGUAUUAUGAGGAUUUAUUUAUUGCGGUGGUUGGGGCCAGUGUUCCUGACAUCCGAUGGGCCCCUUGUGGGGCAAGAAGAUAUUAGAUUGUAAUAUACCCUGCCCACAGGUAGGGCCCCAGCCCUCUGCCUUUGCAGGGCCCAAUUGCUCAUGCAGGUUAUUGGGGGACUCACAAGUACAGCUGUUAAUUGGGUAAAGAUGGGGAAUGUUCUAGCUGCAAGUUCUCCUGCUCCCCCUGCAGCAGGAUCCCCUCCAGCCCCAGGCUUAGUAUCUGUACCUCCUGGCUUCACAAUGCCCCCUGUGGCCGGGUUAACCCCCACUCCGGAUAAGAAUGAGACACAAGAAGACCGGUUACCAAAUCCUGGCACAUUUGAGGAGUGCCACCGCAAGUGUAAAGAAUUAUUCCCAAUCCAGAUGGAAGGUGUGAAGCUGACUGUAAACAAGGGGCUAAGUAACUAUUUUCAGGUCAAUCACACAAUCUCUCUCAGUAUGAUUGGGGAGUCUAACUAUCAUUUUGGGGCCACCUAUGUGGGAACGAAACAGUUGGGCCCAGCAGAGGCAUUCCCGGUGUUGGUUGGUGAUUUGGAUAAUAGCGGCAGUCUCAAUGCUCAAAUAAUUCAUCAGGUCACUAGUAACGUCAGGUCAAAAAUUGCAUUGCAGACCCAGCAGUCAAAGUUUGUAAACUGGCAAUUGGAUACAGAAUACCGAGGAGAAGAUUUCACAGCUGCUGUCACACUGGGAAACCCAGAUAUAUUAGUCGGGUCAGGUAUCCUGGUAGCACAUUAUCUGCAAAGUAUCACACCUAGUCUGGCAUUAGGAGGGGAAUUAGUGUAUCAUCGGCGUCCUGGGGAAGAGGGAACAGUCAUGUCUUUAGCAGGAAGAUACUCAGCUCCUAACUGGACGGCGACACUCACCCUUGGACAGGCAGGAGCACAUGCUACAUACUACCACAAAGCCAACGACCAGCUCCAGGUGGGGGUGGAGUUUGAGGCCAGCACCCGAAUGCAAGACACAAGUGUUUCGUUUGGUUAUCAGUUGGACCUUCCCAAAGCCAACCUGCUGUUUAAAGGUUCUGUAGAUAGCAACUGGAUCGUUGGUGCCACCCUAGAAAAGAAGUUGCCUCCUCUUCCACUCACUUUAGCCAUGGGAGCUUUCCUUAACCACAAGAAAAACAAAUUCCAGUGUGGCUUCGGCCUGACAAUUGGUUAACGUCACCUUCCUCGCCAGAGCUUGUGGUCUCCCCUCCACACCCUGACCUGUGGCCUCUUUGCUUACUAAUUCCUCUGCCAAUUUUCUUACUUGCCCUUCCUCCCCUACUCCUGCCAGGCUUCAUUUUAAUGUUUAUUUUAAUUUAAGGGGUAGGAAGGCAGUGAUGGAUUUGCCUGAAAAAACAAAAAAAUGAAAUAUUUAAACUAUGCCCUCGGUGUCUAGGGGAGGCCAUCAUCCUCUGUUCUCUCUGCAGUCUCUGAUUAGUGGGCAUGGUCUUUUCUCUACAACGUUUUGUCCUGUUCAUGGGGGGGCUGUCUCUUCUUGUGUCACACUUGUCUCUGUUUAUUAGGGGCUGCUUUGGGUUUAAACCUCCCACCCCUGCUCUCUCUGGUCACUGCCAGAUAGUGGGCUUUAUUUUCCUUCUUUAACUUGAAGGUCUUCCUCUUUUUCUCUUUGACCCUUACCAGUCUGUUAUCUGCUAGGUGGGACAGCUGGUCUAUCAAAUGGACUGUGCUGCCUCUCUGUCUGGUGGAUCUCUGCCAUUUGGUUAUUCUGGUUAAUCCAAGAGCAGGCCUCUCAACAGGGCCUGUAAACAAAUUACUGAUCUUAUGCUGCUGUCUGGGGAAGGGGUGGGGGGUUGUUGGGAGAGGGUAAGUCCUGCUGCUGACUGUGCCCCCUCAGUAGGAGUGUGGAUGUAAAUCAUGUUUAUAAGUUAUACAAACACAAAUCUUUUACACAAAAAUGGAAGUGAAGCCCAAAGCGAAGUCAUUGCUGGGCAUGUUCGGCACAAAUAAAGUGACUUCUGCAAAGGGAAUAUAUAUAU